GAACAACAAAGAUUUAAAGACAUUAUCAAAAUCAAGACUAUUGGGUCAACAUACAUGGCUGCGAGUGGACUUAACAGUGAAGAAUUUGUAAAGCCAAAUGUUCCGGUUUUACAGAAGUGGCGCCAUCUAGCGCACUUAACUGACUUCGCUUUGACCUUGAAAGAAACGCUCAACAAUAUCAACAAAGAAAGUUUUAAUAAUUUUGUGCUACGAAUGGGAAUUAACCAGGGUCCUAUCACGGCAGGAGUUAUUGGUGCUAGAAAACCUCAUUAUGACAUGUGGGGAAACACAGUCAACGUUGCCAGCCGAAUGGAAAGCACUGGAAAAGCAGGCUGUAUACAGGUGGUUCAAGCGACUGCUCAGAUUUUACACGAAUUUGGUUAUGUGUUUGAACAACGAGGACUGGUAACGGUAAAGGGAAAAGGAAAACUGAUGACUUAUUACUUAAUCGGCAAACAAACAGGAAAGAAAUCUCCACCAGAAGAUAAAAUUUCUUUACGAGGAAUUAUACGUGAUGUAGUAAAAAUCCAGCACUCGGACUAGAUAUAUUUGUUGAUAGACAAUGUCUGGUAAGAUGGAAUCAUAUUUUUACAUAAUUAAAUAAAUUCCAGGUAAGUUCUUCAAAAGAGGGCGCUGUCUCCCCGAUGGUAUUCUGAGCAUGGAAAAUGUACAUUAACCGCUAGUCAUCCUUGGACGAACCAUCACUUCUGGAUAAGUCUUCACUUAUGCGUGUACAUUACGCUUACUACUAUAAAAUGUAUUGAAAUUUAGUGUGGCUUAGCUUGAACAAUGUUCACUCUCAAGCAAAGAAAAUGUUCUGACUAAAAAUAACAUAGUGGUGAAAGUCUUCUUAAGUUACCUGGUAAGAUCCUAGUAAUGUUACCUG